GUUUACCAUGACGUUCAUUACAGAGGCAAGUCCGAACAAAUGUCUCCCUACGCGUAAUAAAUUAUAUGACACAGCAGCCUUAUAAAGGAGUCGAUUUAACGUACUUACUCAGCUCAGAGUAUCCUUUUUCGUCUGGAGACAGAGAAAAUUUAAAUGCAAUGUGAACUGAUCAUUUUCGCAGUAACCAGUAUGAUUCCUUAAUGCUUCUACCUGUCAAAGCGAAAUCCUUCAGUGGACUGAUAAUGAAAAUGAUGCAUGCCGAGGAUGAACUGACCAAAGCAGCCGCGACUGGAAACACUUACCAUGUUCAGUUUUUACUAUCUAACGGAGUGAAUGUGAACGGUGUUAACAAAUUCGGAAGAACACCUAUACAGGUGAUGAUGAUGGGUAACACACUUUUGGCUCACCUGCUGCUGGAAUAUGGAGCAGAUCCUAAUGUGCCUGAUCCCGGGACAGGAAGCACUCCUUUGCACGAUGCUGCCAGAAGCGGAUUCAUGGACACCGUGCGGCUUUUAAUUCGCUUCAACGCCGAUCCCAAUGCAACAGAUCACAGCAAUUUACGACCUGUGGAUGUGGCACGGCAGACUGGCCAUAUGGACGUGGCUGAAUUUCUCAGUCGUAUUUAAACGCUAAAGUUCUUCUCUCUUUUUUUUUGGUAACUACAUAUUUAUCACAUAAUAUGACUGGUUUAAAAAAUAACGGAAUGAGCGCAGCAG